UGUCUACGUCCUGCACAUUCGCCUCCCGGCUCUUGAUACGACAGUUGGCGGUUCACCUGCACGAGAGAAUAGUUUGCUUGUGCGCUGUGAAAUUCAUUUUGUGAAUUCUUUAUUUUCGUCGUAUUCAGUGGAUUGAUAAUCCUGCGGCGAGAUGGCAGAGAAGAAAGACCCGGGGCCGAGCGUUGCUGUGGGGGUGGAGCCCGGCGCCCCCACGUGCCCGCGCCGGCGCUGGUGCGAGCGGCGCCGUGAGCAGCCCGGCAACGAGGCCCAGGGCGCCCACGGCGGCCCCGCCCACGUCCACCACUGGCACCAUUGGCACCACUGGCAGCGACUGCCCGGCGACCAGAAGGAGUGGCCCCCGCGCGAUUGGCAGCAGUGGCACGAGCGCCGCUGGCACGGACACUGCCCUUGGCGUAGCGGCCGUCCCAGUGCAGCUGCUGGACCGCGUGUCCCUCUAGACGAUUCCCGGUGGAUGGAAGACUACUUCUCGUGGUUCUAGCCGCGCCACUGCCAUAGGACCACAUGAGGCGUAUAUUUAUUUUGCCGGUGUGCCCAAUUUAUGUUGCGAGAAAUGAGUGUUUCUAGAAUGCUGUGCGUCAUAAACGGAAUUUUCACAUUGUGAUUCCUACUUUCAACAUGUUUUUAAUUAGGUUGGAAACCAAAGAUAUAGUGUUAUUUAUUUUUUUUAUUUCUGCUGAACAAGCUUUUAGAACUUUGAUGCUAAAUAAUAAGUUAUUUUGUAAAUAGUUGUACAUGAAUUUUAUUCUAUGAUUUUGUAUAAAUAUUUAAUAAAUAAUAAUUCAAAGAUAUUUAUGUGUCAAGGCUAAAAACUAUUUUCUGAAAAUGCAGUUUGCCACCCUUGGCGUAGCAUUUAGAUUCUGAUUUUUUUGCUUUACUAGUAUAUUUUAUUGAAAAGAAACGUGAUAUGUUGCCGAAUAAAUAACACCUUUGCGGGCAUUAAGGAUUGAUAAUGUCCUUGCGAGCAUUGAAGAUUACUUGAUGAACAAAUAACAAAAUAAUUAUUCAAAGUUUUUUGUUCUUCAUUAGAAAUAGUCAAUGACAAAUGUAUGUUGCUUUAGUUACAAACAUAAACUGGACAUAAAUAUUAAUUUGUUGAGAUUGCUUAACACUUCAUGCUUUGAAAUGAUCUCAUAAGUGAAAUAUUCCCUUCCAAAAUCUUACUAUUAUCCUUUAAAUGUUUUUUUAUAUAAAUAUAAAAUAAUUUUCUAAAUAGAUUCCGACAAUCGGCACACUCUUCCUUCCAAUAUUCUGCUUUUACAAUAUAAUACAGUAUUAGCCCUUGCCUCUGACAGAGGAUUAAUAGCAAUUUUCUGUAAUGUGCGCUUUUUCAAUAAUCGAAUUUCAAGAAACACAUUCUGAAUGUUGCAAAACAAUCCACGUUUAAGC